AGGCAGCUGGAGGUGAGAGGCCUGCUCGGGCCCUUCCCGGGAUGCAGGGCACGGUAUUCACCCUUUCCUUCCCUGCUGUGAGCACCCUUAUCCACAGCCAGGACACCCACGCACAGCCUUGAACGGCCACCCACGUCCUCUGAGGAGGUCAGGACAGCAGUCUAGCGACAGGGAGGGCCUGUGAGAUGGGCUGGUACAUGGAUGCUGGGCUCCUGCCAGAGCGGGGCCGUGGGCCUCUGGUUGUGCAGAGCCUGGGCCCCAGGCGGGACAGACACACAAGGGGAAUGUCUCCCGGCCAUCCAGGAGGCAGGACCUGGGGACAAGGACCCAGGCUUGCCGGAGGUCCCAGGUGUCCAGCUGGGCACUGAAGCCUCAGAGCCCCCACACUGUAGGGGCGCCAGGAGUGCCCCAGAGCCCCGCCUGCGCAGGCAGGUCAGCAUGGGGCCCAGGGGCUGCUGUGAGUGUCGGCAGCACCCCAGGCAGGUGGGGAAACACCCGAGUGGACCCAGGCCACCGCUUGCCCUUGCAUGCAGAGGCACUGAGGUCUGAGUCUGCACACAGUCGGGGACCUACUGUGUGCCGAGGGAGGCUGGGGCAGGGCUCAAACGGGGGUAGCUGUCCUGCCUUCAAGCAGCUCAUCCCUUACUGUUGUGUAGGAGGAGAGGGGACGGAAACCUGAGGGUGGCCAGGAGUAGGAAGGGCCAGGAGUGGGCCGGGCGGGCACAGGGCCCCAGGCGCCCAGGCAGAACAUAAACAGGAGCUCGCAGGCAGAGCGAGGAGCAGCAGGCGCCCCCAGGGUGCUCCUCUUCGGGCCGCUUGUAAAAUGAGGACAACAGCUCCCCAACAACCCUCCGAGGUCUGGGGGUCCCGCGUCUACGCUCAGGCUGCUGGCCCCUGCUCUCCCCUCUGCGCCUUGGACCCCGCUUCCUGAAGGAGGAGGAAGCAGCCCUCAGACAGAAGGAGCCGAGAUGAGCUCUCCUUCCCGCAAGCCCAGCUUCCUGCCCUGGGAGACCACAGCAGCCAGCGGGGGAAGGAGGGGUGGGAGGCGGCGGCUGGGCAGCCGCAGUGGGAGUGAGGCGGAGGGAGAUGAAGCGAGGCGACCAGGCUUCCGGGAAGUCUUUCUGGUGACGGGACAUCUAAGACGCCAUCGCAGUUACUGCUGUCAGAGGCCCACGUUAGGGUGCAGUGAAAGCUCAGAGAGGCUUCCUCUGGACCAGCAGCCUCUGCCAGCAGCCGGCACGGACUGUCCACGCCCUUGCUCAUGGGUCUGCUGGCUCCAGUCACCCAUGUACUGCUCGGCGUGUACUGAGCUUGCUGGACGCCGGAUGCCAGGCGCUGGCACCGUAACCAAGACGACCUUUGCCCUCAGUCACUGCAGGCCAUCAGCUCCGAGUCACACGCGGAUGCUAGUCUCGAGAUGCGUCUUGCGGCUCCCCUGGGGCCGGCACUGCUACACUUGUGACUGCACAGGCGAAGGAGACGGGAAACGGCAUCUGAUGUCACAGCAGGCUAGCAAAACCAUCCUGGGGCUCCUGUGGCACAGCUUCUGCCCCUGCGAAUCUGAGGUGCACUGUUUGCAGUCCUUAUCCAGUUCCUUCAUCCGGGACAGGGUGUCCAGCCUGUCGUACCUCCUCUCCCAGAUCCCCCUGCCUGGAGUUCUGGCAUCUACUGCACUUCGGUGUCCAGCUCAGCCCUGGCUCCACUAAGCCAUCCCUGAAUGCCCGCAGCACUUCUGUUGAAGGGAUGGGCAUAAGACAGAGUCAGCUAGACGCAAAGGAAGAGCGCUUACACCAAGUUAAGAGCUACUUGGCUACUUAGCCAUACAGCUAGUUCAACUUAGAAGUGUAAAAGCAAACGCAGGAAAACUGACAAAAAGGGUAAGUGCGCCAGCUUAGUUGAUGACUCCUCCUACGUCUGAGCUGGAGCUGGAGAAACUUACAAGUACACAGUAAACGGAUUUCCUUUAAACUGAGCCUGCUGAACAUCUGAUUUGCUUUAGACUCUGUAUAACAAAGCCGAAGCUCCAACUGGUUAUUCUAAACCCACGAGGCCACUUGUGACAGGGGAUCCCUCCAUAACUAAACAGGCUUCUGCUCUCCCCUCAACUACACAAGGCCAGGACAAAGAAAACACUCCCUCACCCUAUUUUCUGGGCCCCUCCUGGACCCUCACAGGAACUACUUUUCUUCUUGUAUUUCUAACGAACACUUUCCCGUUAACCUCCUUUCUGUCCGUGAGUCAUUCUUUGAGCUCGUGAGACAGAGCUCUCGGGGUGUACACUCACACUUCCUCUGCCCACCUUCGGCCUCACCUGUUUUUUGCUCACUCCUCCCUCCAGAUCAGCCCGCCCCUGUGCCCCUGCCUGCCCGCCCCACCGCCCCUCUGAUGAGCGCUCCGUGCAGGAUGCCCUUCACCUUCUGC